CUGGCGCAUGCGCAGUGCGGCUGUGGGGAUUUCCAGCGGAACAUGAAGGUAAGAGGCGCUGAAUGAUGGAGAGUAGGGCGGCUCAUUAAUGGUGCCCAGCACUACACGACACUGAACGGGCAUGUUUACAUUAAAGUCGUGUUCUUACUCAGCAGCUGGCAGCAUUGGGCAUGGUGUUUUUAAUGUAUGCUUCUCUCUGCAAGCCCUGACCUUCAACCUACUGCAGGGGGAAAACCUGACAGUGAGGGCUUAAAAAGGUGAGGAGUCUCCUAUCAACCACCUUCUCAUGUCAUGUUGCUUCUUUUGAGGUGUUUUGGCUAAUGAAGCACCCAGAGAUGCCUAUAACAAUAGGAAAGAGCCCUGGGCAAGGUGUACGCCCAAAUUAAACCAAGCACAUCUUCACUUUCAUUAUUCCAUGUCGCUCCUUUGGAGGAAGAUUGCAGCUUGCUGAUUUCCCCCACCACACUGCACUGUUGUUCCAGUGGGAGAGAGGCCUUAAGAUGGCAAGAGGUCCCAUUUAAAGAAACUCCUGGAUUGUGGGAUUUGCAAGCUACGCAGCCCACUGCCACCAAUGGAUGCCAAGUUGCGAGAAGAUCUGUUCCGCAGGUAUGUGGCAUCACUGGAGAAUAGGCUUGAGGAGGGAACUGGUGAAGGAAGAGGAGAUAAGCAAGGGGCUAAGACUGAGGAAGCACUGAUUUCUACUGCAACAGCACUGCUAGGUUCAUACCAGCCUGAUCCAGGGCAGCGCUUUCGCAUGGUUCGGUUCUAUGACAUAGCUGAGAACUCAUUGAGGACUCAGAGAGGAGCAAACUUGCGGACAUUGGAGACAGCCUUUACAACGCUGGAAACCAUUUGUACCAACUUGCUGCUCUUUCCGUGGAAGAAGGAGUUUCGUUGCAUUAAGACCUUCACAGGGCCAUACGUGUACCAGUUGCAGUCGGUGAUAUGCGACGCAGACCUGCGUUCACUUCUGCGUUCCAUGGGCUAUUCAAGAGACCAGGAAUUGCAGUACCACGUUAGGGACCAUCCAGGCGGAGCCUCCCACCUUCGACAGCUUGCCUUUGAACUGCUUCUUGCCCAGGCUGAAUGCCGUCUGCUCAGCGAGGUGGUGUCCAUGUCUCGGGGUUUUGCCUCAGAGCUGGAGGCCGUGGAGGUGAGAAGGAACACCAGAGAAGAUGCAGCAGGGUGUGCUGACGCCCUCCGCCGACGAGACAGCCUUACGGGAGACUUGUCCCGCCUGUCGGUGCGGCCAGUGGAUAUCGACCGUGCCCACCUAAGGCGAAGCGGUCGGCCGUCCAAGUCAGUGGAUGUAACAGACAGCGCAGGACACUGGCACCAAGCCAGCAAGCCAGUGUUAAAGGCUUCGCUCAGUCUGCGCAAAGAGCCACUGUUCGUUGACACAGAGGAAGAUGUGAAGGAUGAAAUCAUCCGACCUAGCCCCUCGCUUUACCCUGUCGCGGCACCGCCCUCUUACAGCCCAGUGGCUGACUUCUUUCCUAUUCAGUCACCCCCAUCUGAGCCAUACUCCUACCACUUGUCCUCCUUGGAUGAGGUGGACUUGUACACUGAGCGGGGAUUGGGUGGCCACCAGAUGCCCUCUAGACCACCGAGCCGGGAGCCUCGAGAAGCCCGGGACAGUUGGGUUCUGAAGGGGCACAUGAUGAAGUGCCAGGGCUGCGGCAUGGGCUACCCUUCGCUGUCCUCUUGCCAGAGGUGCGACAUGAUCUUGUGUUCAUCCUGCCAUGCAGUGGAACCGACGCCUUGUUGCGGCUUCCAGGAUUACACUAAAACUUCCCGACCUCUGGAUGGCUACAUGCCCAUCAAGGAGAAGUUGUCCGUCUACUCCAAUGCCCACUCACACACUCACCCUCACCCUCAUCCACUCCCCCAUGCUCAGUCCCACUCGCUGUUGCUGGACAAAGCUGUGAUGAGUGCCAAGCUGUUUCCCAGUAAACCCGUGGGUUCGGGCAGCAGUCCAGUGGUCAGCUCCAUCAGCAGUGGCAGCAGCAGCAGUGGGGGUGAGCGGCUGAGUGUGGGUGGCUCCCGCUGUGGCUUUUGCAACAAGCCAGGGGCCUCUCACACCUGUGUGAACUGCUCCAAGGUGUCAUGUGACAUGUGCAUAAGCCUUUACGCCAAUGAUGUGUGCACCCGCAAAAAUCCUCAUCAUAACUUUGUGCCCAAUCAUCAACUCAAUUUCAAAUCCAGCACCAUAUCCCACCUCGUAUAUCGAUAGACCAGGAACACAGCCACGCUACAGUUGUGCACUACACCUCUAUUGCUCCUUUAUCUCUGUUUGUUUUUUCACCUUUGAUUUUUUUUUUUUUUUUUUAAUGAAUAUUUAUUUAACUCUUCCUACUUCCUCUCUCAGUUGGCAAUUGUUUGGUUUUGGUCAUGUGAUCUUGCAGUGCAUUUCCUGUCCCUCAGUAGCUCUACUUUAUCAAGGACAAAAAAAAAAGGUGUUUGACCAGAGAAAUCCAUUCAGUAUCAAUGUUUGUUAACUUUAAAAUAACCAUGCAGCAUAAAGGAACUGUGAAAGUUUAGCAGAGACUUCACCCUGGAAUUGAAUCAACUUGAUUGAACUUCUCAAACUUGAACAAAAGAAAAAACAAAAUAUUACACUGGACGUAUAUAGUAUAUAUUUUGAAUUGUGAAGCUAUAGAUCUAUGUAAGACUUUUUCAGUUGAAUGGGGUUUCAGUUGUGAAUUUAUCAGAACUUCUAGUUGCUGUUAAGUCACUAUAUUGAGUCCUCUGACAAGAAAUGCCUUGUGGGUUUACCCCUAAGAAGUCAGCCUACGCUUUUCAAAAAUGCUGCUGUUGAAAGUAAAACCAUGAGGGGGCACUCCUGGCCUCAACAUGUUUUGCAAGUACCAUGAAUCUCUUCUUGGCAAAGUUUAUGCACAUACUGUAUGGUUAUGUUAGUAUAAAUACUUUUUUCCUCUGUCCAGUUUACCUUUACAUUGUUGUAACCUGUUAAGAUUUGAAUUCAUUGAAAUGGAAUAUAAUUUAAUAUUUUGAUAUGUUGACUUAUUAGAAACAGUUUUAAGUUUGAGUUAUUUUUGUUAAUUCAUUGUACAAUAAAUUUAUGAUGGUGUGUACACAUACCAUGACAAACUAAAGUGUUACUACUGGGUGAAUGUCACAAAGGAUUGUAUGGGUCAUAUUUCACCUCAAAAUAAUUAAUUCCCUUGUUUUAGUUAAAUCAAAAUGAGGUAACAAAUUAGUUCAAUGUGUCCAUGAUUUACUAAAAUGAGGUAACACAUUUUUAAAGGUCAUGGGAAUGAAAAUAUAUAUAUAUAUAUAUAUAUAUAUAUAUUUGUCCGCAUGUCACGUGUGGGUCUCCGUAUUUAUGGUCCAGAAUGAUUUUUUUAAAUGUAUUUAUUUUUCUCAGUUAAAAAAAAGAAGAAGCAUAAACUAAAUUGAGUACAACAAUACUGCCACAAUGUUUUCUUACAGUAGUACUUUACAAGUGUUGUUUUCACAGUACGGUUAUGAGAAUUACAUUUUUCUUCUGAAAUAUAUUUUAUGGGGAAUUGUAAUAGUGCCACAAAGACAAAAAAUGGGCCAACACAGGCUUCAUUUUCUUUAUGCAGAAUAUCAUUCUUUUUUUUUUUUUUUUUUUUUUUAAAUUCUGAAGUAAAAUAUGACUUGGACAUGUUUUUUGUGAAAUUCACCCUAAUACGAAAUUUCUAGUCAUUAUAUUAGCACAAUAUUGUGCUAAAAGUUGGCCUGAUUUAUAUUAUUCCCUGAAGAUAACACUAAUUAAAAAUGUUAUGUAUAAUUUCUUUUUCUUUUUUCCCCUUUUCUGCAGCUUCUGCUGCUGUUUUUGUUUGUUAAUUGUGUGUGUCUGUACCAACAGAACAAAGUCAAUAUAUCAUUCUGGGGUCACUCUUAAGUUUGGGGAACACAUAUUCACUAUUAACUACAACUUUUGUCUCAAUAAUCUCUUAAUUUACUGUGUAUUAAUAGUUAGUAAGGUAGUUGUUGUAGCGUUUAAGUUUAGGUAAUGGGUAGGACUUAGGGAUGUAGAAUAUGGUCAUGCAGAUUAAGGUAUUAAUAUGUGCUUUAUAAAUACUAAUAAACAGCCAAUAUGCAAAGCUAAUAAGCAACUAGGUAAAAGUGAGAAUUGUUCCCCAUACUAAAGUGUUACCCAUUCUGGUUACAUAUCAUUAAUUUCAGAGACCUUUCAACCUGCUCUCCUUGCUGCCUUAGGUAACCUGAAGGCUGCACUCAAUGCAGGACUCAAUGCUUAAUGUCUGUACGCAGCAUAAAGCGAGGGCCAAAAAACCUGUCAGGGAAACAGAAACUAGCACAAGACAUGAAGAUGACAUGUUCUGACAAAGUAACUUCAGUAUGUAUUUUUGAUUUAGUGAAACAAGUGUUAGUGGAUGCGGUCAGUCCUCUAGCUCUUCUUGCCUUUGACUCUCUGUUGAAUGAAACUGCUGCCUCCUUAAAUUCUGCAGUUGUUUCCAGUACAAAACAGCAGCCAAGUAUAUUGUGAUUGGAUUUUACACUCAAAUGACAGCAUGAUUAACCAAUCAGAACUGCUAUGUGCCAAACAUCCACGAGCUGUAAAGGUAGAACCAUAACUUACUGCUGAUCUGCAUGGACGGUAACUGAGCCAUUUGAAAGUGUUUUAACCUUUGGUGAUACAUAACACUUUCUCUCACACACGAGUCAAUUCUCAUCUUAACCUGUUAAUCUUUUUGUGUGGUCAUUUCACUGGAGAUGAACUGAUAGUGAUGAGUGAAUUGACCCCGACAUGCCCCUCAACAGACACAGACACACACUCCUCUGCUCUUUUUUUUUUUUUUUUUUUCUGACAUCUACAGAGGUCAGAUCUCUUUCUGGCAAACCAGUUUUAUCUUCAAUGGAGGCGUGGUGGAGUGAAGGAGCUGGGUGGGUCGGGUGUGAGGAGUUAGCCAAUAUGUUUGUCAGUAAAAGUAUAAUCCUAUAAUUAUAUAAAUUAAUUAAAAGCGAUGAUUUUAUAAAAUAAUUUCGAAAAUAAAAUUCUACAAAAAAGCACU